AUGAACACCGUCAAAUCAUUCUGGCUCGGAUGGGGCUCCCUCUGCGCAGCCGGCGGAGCUGCCUACUACUUUGCCAAGCAGAGCAUCAACGCCGAUCGUGCUGCCCGCUUCGAGGAGCAGCGCCAGAAGAAGGCGAUGGUCCAGUCUCUUGAGUACGGCGACAACGUUCCCUCCCAGCCCGGCUCCGCGUCCGCCAUGGCCGGGGCUGCGCGCACCGAUACCGCCGGCUCCCCUAGCCAGGAGUCCAGCUCCGAUCCCGCCCCGACCCGCCACGCCCCGGCGACCGAAGCGCAGAGAGUGACGGAGAAGAGCAAAUACGAAAGUAGUACGCCGUUCAAGAGUCCAAAGGGGGAUCGGUUCUCAUAG